AUGGCCGUGAACAUUUUGACAGGAGUGAUGAACACACUCCUUGCGAAGCUGGAAGAGGUGCUUCGCUACGACUAUUCAGAGACCGAAUUUGCUAUCUCCAGGGCUUUCAGGUACAGGAUCUGGCACCUGAAACAAGGCUUGAGCUGCAUGAAUGACCUGCUACAGAAGAAGCUGCCUGACAUGGAGACCCUGGAUAUCCAGCAAAGGGAGCUGAGGAGCAAGGUACGUGAGCUAGCCUACUCUAUUGAGGACAAGAUCGACAUGUUCAUGCACAGCUUCAGAGCUGUGACUGACCAGGCCGGCUUGCUGACCGAGACGAUGGAUCUCAUGCUCCCCGUUUUGUCCGGCAAAAUCGACGAAAUAAUUCAUGCUGUCGAGGAGGGCAGGAGAAGUGAGAGAUACAACAGCAACCUCGAUGAAUCUAUCAACUCUUGGGCAAACUCAUCGACGAAGAUUGAUAGAUCGAGCUCUUCACACAGGCUCGUCGGCAUGGACGUCCCGUCCGAGGUGAUCGUGCAGCUGCUAACGGAGGACAUGGAGAGAGGAUCAGGACAGCGGCUCAAGGUUGUCUCCAUUGUGGGAGUUGGGGGCCUUGGUAAAACAGCUCUGGCCAACCAGGUGUACAAGAAGGUCCAAGGCAGGUUCGAUUGCACGGCGUUUGUGUCUGCAUCUCAAAACCGUAGCAUAUCAAUGGUCUUAAGUGACAUUCUUUCUCAAGUGAAAUAUGAUGGACCGGCCGAUGACAUACAAAGUCUCAUCGAUGCAACCAGAGAAAACGUCGCUCGCAAGAGGUUCCUCAUUGUAAUCGAUGACAUAUCAAGCGUAGAAACAUGGAACAGUAUUAGUGGUUUUUUUGUCGAAAACAACUGCGGAAGCACGAUUAUUACAACUACUCGUAGUAGACGUGUAGCUAAUGCCUGCUGCUCUAACUUCCAUGGCAUUCUCUUUGUCUAUAAGAUGAAACCACUAGGUUGGACUGACUCCAGAAGCCUAUUUUUCCGAAGAAUUUAUGGAUCGGAGAACUACAGCCCUGAACCUGAGGAACUCAUAAUUGCCCUAGAUAUUUUAGAGAAAUGUGGAGGAGUUCCGUUGGCUAUAGUUGUUAUAGCUAGUCUUUUGGCUAGUCAAGAUGAAGUUAACAAGCUGGAUAACUGGUUGAAGAUAAAAUACUCUAUGGGUUUUGAACUGGAAAGAAAUCCUAACUCUGAAUGGAUGAAGCAUAUACUCAAACUUUGCUACAAUUUUUUAUCUUGGGAACUGAAGACGUGCUUCCUGUAUCUUCAUAUGUAUCCUGAAAACUAUAACAUCAUGAAGAAAGACUUGAUAAGACAAUGGAUAUCAGAAGGAUUUAUUACUGAAAGAGAUGAUGAAGACCUGGAAGAUAUUGCUGAGAGCUACUUCAGUGACUUCAUAAACAGAAGCUUGAUCAAGCCAGCAGAGUUUGAAUAUGGCGAGGUUAUCUCUUGUCGUGUUGUGCACAAAUUGUUGCUUGAUUUUAUUGUUCAGAAGUCCACAGAGGAAAACUUUGUCACGGUAAUUACUAAUCAAAUUUGCUCAGGACAAGGUCUUUCCAUUCGCCGGCUCAGUUAUCAAUGCAACCAUGGUCGUAACAUGAUCCAAGCAAGUGAAUGUGUACAAGUCCGAUCCUUCGCAAAUUUCAGGGGUCGGUUCUACCAAUGUGCUGAAAAUUUGCCAUGUCUUCUUAUGUUUAGAGCCUUGAGGGUUCUAAAUCUGAGAAUGCAAGGAUGUUUUGCAUUCUUUGGAUCAUACGAUUUGUCUCCUAUAUGUAACCUUCUCCAACUAAGGUAUCUCAAGAUGGAAGGUGAUCAUUUCCAGUUUCCAGAUACAGUUGGGGAACUGCGGUAUCUGCAAGUGGUUGACAUAGGUGGUUGGUGUGGUGAUCUCGAAUUCAUUGGUGGGUUUCUGAGUGAUGCUUGUCUGCCAUCAUUGCGGCAUCUAAGUAUUCCGCAGAGUGCUAAACUCGGCAGAGGGAUUAACAGGCUGAGCUCCAUACGUACACUUGAAGAAAUUGACUUCUGCAGCUGCUCCAUUGAGAACAUCCGACACCUUGGCAUGCUGACCAAUCUCACGACGCUUCGUAUCAUCUACAGCCGUCGUCGAGGCUAUGACGAAGAUGACCAGAGUACAGAUAGAGUAAAGUUUGCUGCUCUUGCCACCUCCCUCAGGGAACUGGGCAGCUGCAACCUUCGUUGUCUAGAUAUCAGAGUUCCUCUAUUGGAAUGUAGAAGGCAACCUCCCAUUGGUUUCUUAUGCAGCUGGUCUCCUCGUCCACAGUUCCUCCAGAGGCUUCACCUUCACAUGAUAUUCUUCUUCAGGGUUCCAUGUUGGAUACAACAGCUUGGGACCUUAACUAGUUUGCGUCUCAAGGUCGACAACCUUGAGGGCGACGAUAUGCGAGUUCUAACUAGAUUACCCUGCCUCACUUACCUUGAUUUGCAAGCCAUGAAGGUUCCAGGUAAGGACAUCGUCAUCGACCGUGUCUCGUUUCCAGCUCUCAAAGAACUAAAGUUGAUCUAUCGAUCUUCCACUCUGUCGAUUGAGCCAAGAGCAAUGCCGAAACUUAGAACUGCGCAUCUUAUUGUGUUUGGCCAAGUGGAGGAGCAAGAUGCUAGGUCUCUAGUUGGCAUUCAGCACCUUCACAUGCUUGAAGACAUCAUAAUCACAUACGAUGACAACAAUGUGAGGGUCGCAUUCAGCGAAGCCCUCAAUAAGCAUCCAAUGAUAGGUUCCAUAAGAGCAUUUUUCUAUUCCGAGGGAGAAUUUGUUAGCAUGCACUAA